AUGUCCGAAGAAAAAAGUCAAAAUGAUGAAUCGUCGAAUUUCAAAGAAAUAUUUAAUUUAACAAAUCAAACUAUUAAUCAAUUACAAACGGAUUAUGAUCAAUAUCGGGAUAACCAACAGUUAUUGAUAGAUUAUAUGAAGCUUAAGGUCAAUAUGAAACCAAGACGUGAAGGUGAACAACAACCAUUACCUGAAGAUUCAAUAUUAGUCAAUACAAAUAUUGAAAAGUUGGAAGAUCAAGCAAAUGCAUUAAAUCUUUCGAUCAAAUAUGGAUUUAACAUUUUAUGUGAUCUUCAAGCUGAAUUAAAGACAAUUUUCGAAAAGGAUCAAUCAAAAACUACAUACAUUCCAACAGGUUCAGAUGCUCCAGCACAUUCAAAUUUUCCAACAAAUGAAAAUGCUCCAACAACUACAGAUGGUCGUUGA